AUGGUCAGCCGUAACUUCAAGAACGUGCUGGUCGUCUCUAUCGGGUUUCUGUCUCUGUUCACGGCUUACGGAGGCCUGCAGAGCCUGCAGAGCAGCCUGAACGCAGAGGAUGGGAUGGGCGUAGCGUCUCUGAGCGUCAUCUACGGCGCCAUCAUCGUCUCCUCCAUGUUUCUUCCUCCCAUCAUGAUCAAAAAUCUGGGCUGUAAAUGGACCAUCGUCGCCGGCAUGGCCUGCUACGUCUCCUACUCCGUUGGAAACCUCUACCCGGGAUGGUACACCCUCAUGCCCACCUCAGUCAUCCUGGGUUUGGGAGGUUCUCCUCUGUGGUCGGCUAAAUGCACCUACCUGACCAUCUCUGGUAACGUGCAGGCUGCCAAGGACGGCAAAAAAGGCUCAGAUGUCAUCAACCAAUACUUUGGCAUCUUCUUUUUCAUAUUUCAAUCAUCCGCCGUGUGGGGGAACCUCAUGUCGUCGCUCAUCUUCGGACAGGACACCAAUAUAGCUGACAUCCCAUAUGAGCAGCUGCAGCUCUGUGGAGCGGCUGACUGCGGCCUCGUCGUCAACGCCAGCGGCACCGCCCCCGUCAGACCUGCACAGUCGCUAGUGUGGACACUCGUUGGAUGCUACAUCGGUGUGGGUGUGCUGGCCAUGAUCAUUGUGGCGGUGUUUCUGGACAACAUCGACCAUGAACAGACCAGCCAGUUCCGUGAGAACCGGGAGCCGUUCUGUCAGACGUUCCUGGCCACAUUCAGACUGCUGAAGGACUGGAGGCUGGUGACCCUCAUCCCCCUCACCAUGUACAGCGGCUUCGAGCAGAGCUUCCUCUCCGGGGAAUACACCAAGAACUACGUGACGUGUGCGUUGGGGAUCCAUUAUGUCGGUUUUGUGAUGAUGUGUUUUGGAGCCUCCAAUUCUCUUUGCUCCUUUCUCUUUGGGAGACUAGCGAGGUACACCGGGAGAGCUGCACUCAUCUUCCUGGCUGCAUUGGCCAACUUUUCCUGUAUCAUCGCUCUGUUGUUCUGGAAGCCUCAUCCUGACCAGCUGGCUGUCUUUUUUGUAUUUCCUGCUCUGUGGGGGAUGGCAGACGCUAUCUGGCAAACUCAGACCAAUGCAAUUUAUGGCAUCCUCUUCCCCAGGGAGAAAGAGGCAGCGUUUGCCAACUACCGUAUGUGGGAGUCUCUCGGUUUUGUUAUCGCCUUCGCCUACAGCACCUUCUUGUGCCUGGAGUAUAAACUGUACAUCCUGCUGGCCGUUCUGGUGCUGACCGUCGUCACCUACCCCAUAGUGGAGUACUACGAACGCAAGAAUCCUACGCCGCCCGUCGAUGAGGGGACCUACGUAAAUCACAAAGAAGACCUUGAAAUAGAUGACAGCAAGAUCAUAAACCAGACACAAAUGUAGAGACUAAAUGUCAAGUGUUUUACUUGUUGAACACAUCCUGGUCUUUAUCAGCUGCAAAUCAGGUGUCUGAUGCUGACGCCACAUUGUUGAAAUUACUUGAAAAUGCCACAUUGUACAAACUUAAAAAAAUAUGUGAUGAGAAUGAUGGAGAGAUAUUGAAGGGGAAGUCAGAAGCACGUCUUCUUGCGUUGACAAGUAACUGAUCAAAACUGCAAACACUGACUUUAUUUUCUUUUUCUGGUGCAGCCUUCCCCUAAAACUUGUGGAAUAGAGAUCUCUUAUGUGGUGGGUUUUCAUCCACCUGUUUUAAUGCACAAUUUUAAAUUUUGCACAUAAAAAACUUU